AUGUGGUUGUGCGAUUGGGCAAAGGAACCAGAAGUAUCAUUCUUCGACUCUUACAAAAUUUCCGCGGGCAAUACACACACGUGUUUCCCUACACGAGGUCGUCUUCUCCCUGUUUUUUUGGGUUCCUUCCUCCACUCCGUUUCCCUCGUAGACAAGAUGUCGGCCAAAGGCAAGGGCGGUCGCGCGAAGAAGUCCGGCAAGAGCAGCAGCAAGUCUGCCAAGGCCGGUCUUCAGUUCCCUGUGGGAAGAAUCGGUCGCUACUUGAAGAAGGGCAGAUACGCCAAGCGUGUUGGUGCUGGCGCCCCUGUUUACAUGGCUGCCGUUCUCGAGUACCUGUGCGCUGAGAUCCUCGAGUUGGCGGGCAACGCCGCUCGUGACCACAAGAAGACGAGAAUCAUCCCUCGUCACAUCCAGCUGGCCGUCCGCAACGACGAGGAACUCUCCAAGUUCCUCGGCGGAGUGACCAUCGCAAGCGGUGGUGUCAUGCCUAACGUCCACUCUGUGCUCCUCCCCAAGAAGAGCAAGGGCAAGAAGUCUCAGUAAAUGAGAGGACCCGUACGCGGAAAUGUUCAAGGAAGAAUGUGUUCUGAUGUAGAGCCAGUGAAAAAUGUCCCAACUGCCGAGCUAUCUGAAGGGGAUAAACCUCACUCUUAGGUGCGUUGCCUGUUUCGCGCCAAAGACGAUUUAGGCUUCACUAGAAGCCACCUUUUUUGUGUAGCGAAAAUCCAACACUGUCUCUUGCAGGCAGCCGGGUUGGAUUUCACUCCGACGCAACGGCAGGACGAUGCAGCACACAACAGUUACCACCAUUAAAGAUUAUCUUUCGACUGGUAAAAAGCACAAUUAGACUUCCGUAAGCGGCUUUUAAUGGCGAGGGGUGCAGGCGUUUGCGACGGCGUUACUCUUCCCAAAACGAUUCUUCGUUUGGUAUUUAGGUGUGGUGUUUCUUCGCUUAGCAUUUUUUUCGACGCUAAAAGCAUUCCUUCGGUCCCGGGCUACAAUCGGACCUACUGGUCCGUUGUGCUUGUGGUGCCAUUUUUAACUUGAACGUAAUGUUGGGUUUGUAGCCACCUCGCAAACGUUUUUGCCCUGCUGGCCGCAGUUCCUGUAUAUGUUGCUUCUGCGGAAAAGCCUGCUCUUUCGUGUUAGAACACAACCGUUGUGUUGGUUUUG